AUGAAGCUCGCCAUUGCUCUCGUUGUACUAUUGUCAGCCGUGUGCAUAAAUGCACAUUGUCAUGGUAAGGGCUGUGGAUAUGGAUAUGGGGGCGAUGAUGGUGGAUAUGGUGGAUACGGUGGUUAUGGUGGUUAUGGCGGCUAUGGCGGUUAUGGCGGUUAUGGAUUAAGCUCGGAUUAUGGUGGAUAUGGCGGAGGAUAUGCAUAUGGCAAAGGAUAUGGCGGAGGAUAUGGCGGAUAUGGCGGAGGAUAUGGCGGAGGAUAUGGUGGAUAUGGAAAAGGAUAUGGCGGAUAUGGCGGAGGAUAUGGCGGAGGAUAUGGCGGAUAUGGGGGAUAUGGUGGAUAUGACGGAGGAUAUGGUGGAUAUGGUGGAUAUGGUGGAUAUGGCGGAGGACGUGGUAUCGGCUAUGCUUAUGACAAGAAAUACUGA